AUGGCCUCAAUCUCUCGCCAGAACGUUCUUCAAAAGCUUCAGAACCAGACCUUGCAUAUCAAAGGACUUCAUUCGUCUUUCCGCAACUGGCCAUUCCAAGUGAACUCUUACGUGGACCAAGUUCGGUAUGAUGUAAACUACAUGGUGACGCGGUACGGUACAUUGGGAUUUGGUCGUUUCCCCCACCAUCCUAAGCUCCAUAAGCUGCUGCAGGGUGACUAUGGCCUUUUCGGAGCAACAUGGUGGCCGAACGCUAGCUAUGAAGGCUUGCUUAUUGCUACGUAUCUCUCGCUAUGGUUAUUCAUGUGGGACGACGAGCUGGAUUCCGACGUCGGGAGUUUGGCCGGCGACUUCGAGCUUGGGCAGGAAUACCGCGCGGAAACACUUGACUUUGUGAGGAGUCGAUUGGGUCUAGAUGAAUCCAAGACUUUGUGGCAAAGCAGCAACGAGGUCAUUAAUAGCUUUGAUGUUAUCGGUGACGCUUUGCGCGAGUCAUGCAGUCGCGAUCAGCGAGAGAGAUUCCUACAUGAAUUUCGAUUUUUUAUGGAUAAAUCAGAGACAGAACAAGCCCUGCGGUUAAAGGAGGAUUUGGUGACAGUGGACGAGUUCUCGAGAUAUCGUCUCGGCACUAGUGCAGUCCGAGUUGUGCUGGCUAUCAAUGAAUUCUGCAAUGGCACCCAUCUGCCCCCCGAGGUGACUGAUGACCCAGAGUUUGACAAGCUGUGGGAUCUGACCAAUGUGAACAUCUGCAAUGUAAACGAUCUCUUGUCCGUUAAGAAAGAAAUUGCACAAGGAUCCGCCGAAAGCUUGGUCCCGAUUUUAUUUGCAGAACUGGGAUCUGCCCAGAAAGCAGUGGACCAAGUUAUGCACACAAUCCGGCUUACGAUCAAAGAAUUUGACAUCUCAGCUAAGAGGCUUCGAAUGCGGCAUUCCAACAACCGCGAAGUGGCUCAAAUGCUCGACAGCUUUAUUCUCGGGUGCAAGUAUUAUUGCACUGGCAAUCUGUCGUGGAGCAUGUCAACUGGGAGAUAUGGGGUUUAUCAAGACCUUGAAUCGGAAGACAUUGUUAUCACUCUAGGCGAUGUGCCUGCACGGAAGUAA